ACAAAAUAGGGAAAUGGCGUCGAGUGGUGGUGGUGCCACCUUCUUGGUGGUGAACGGCGUCCUCUUCACCGGCGACGUUCCCCCUGUCGCGACGUUCCUCCAGUCCAGCCCCGGCGCUUACACCUCGACGCGCACCCACGGCGGCGCCUCGCUCGUCCUCUUCUGGGAUCGUCACCUCCGCCGCCUCGCCCACUCGGCCCGCAUCCUUGCCCGGUCCCACCCAAGUCUCUUCCUCCUCCCCCUCGGAUCGGCCGCAGCCGCCGGCGGCGACUCUACCGCGCUCAUCGACUCUAUCGAGAAUCUGGUCCACGAAUCGCUCCUGUUCGGACUCCGCUUAGCUCUUCGGGAGCGCGACCGCGCCGGGUCCGAUGACGAGCUGGCCAUCACGGCCUUGGUCCGCGGCCGCCGCGAGACUGACUGCCUCGAUGUGCUCCUCCAUCUUGGAUUUUUCGUUCCGCCGCCGUUCGGCGCCGUCGGAGCCCAUUUAGCGGUCACUGGCCGCGGGAGGGAGCCGGCGGAGGCCAAGUACUCCGAUUGGGUGCGGGUUAGGCAGGGUAUGGAGAAGGUGAGGCCUCCUUCGGCCACGGAGCUGUUAUUGACGAACGACGGUGAUAGGAUUCUGGAAGGCAGCGUGACCAACUUUUUUGUUGUCUGUAGAAAGGUGGUAAAUGGUAUCACUGAUCUGCCUCCGUCAGAUUCAGAAUCAUCAUGUACAUUCGUAGUGCAAACAGCACCUAUAAGCGAUGGUGUUCUUCCAGGAGUUAUACGCCAACUAGUGAUCGAGAUUUGCUCUAGUCUGGGCAUCCUUGUGGAGGAAUCUGCACCAUCAUGGUCCGACCAUGAGCUUUGGCAGGAGGCCUUCAUUACAAGUAGCCUGAGGCUUGUGCAGCACGUUGAGACAAUUCAAGCUCCAACUUCAUUUAAAGAGUUUCACCUGAAAACUUGGAAGGAGUUGUCAUGGGUAGUGAAGCGGUUUCAGGGUAUAGGGCAUAUCACUAGACAAAUUCAGCUGCUGGCUCACAGAGUGAAUUAAGCAAAAGGAUGGGAGCAGAUGGAUACAAGAUAGGUCAACAUUCCUAAGACCAAUAAGCACACUGAUUCCAAAAUUUCGAUUCCGUAAGACGGUGGCAUCACUAAGAAGAUUGCAAAAUUCUUACAAACGGAGUUGUCAUGGACACAUCAAGAGACAUUACUGUUUUGCUCAGCUACAUCUAACCUAAUGGAUUGAUCGUUACAAUAAGGCGUAAUUUAUCUCAUUUUACUCGAGCUGCAGAACCAGGGCCAACGCUUCGAAUCAAUAAGCUGCAGCACCGUCCAGCUUGUGUUAUAUGAGGUGAUCUAAUUGAAACACAUCAUUACGUGACUACAUUGCUCGACCUCCUUUAAAUGCUAUACGAUAAUGUGGAUAUCGGCGAAGGUGCAAAAAGCUCCGAGUUUGAUCGAUUCAAAGGUUCACGAACUUAUGUGGAUUUUUUUAAAGGGUAAGUAAUGAAGCAUACUUUACACUUGUAGAAGUUGGUUUCAAAUUCUCAAAUUGAUAAGUGAAACGGGUGGCGAUAUAACUUGCCAACGUUAUAUCUCUAUUUGCAUGCGAGUUAGGAAA